CUCCUUGACUUUUGUCCCCUUUCCUUUUACUAUAAAUAGGGAAUACCCAUGAUCCUUUAAUUAAGCACCAACCUACGUACACAACUUUCUCCCAAAGCCAAUAACAAAAGGACACAAGCUUUUCUUUUCAUCAAAGACGAAGCUGCAUUAAAAUGGAGUUGGAUCUUGGUCUCUCUCUUUCGCCUCAUACUAACUCUUCCAAGUUAGGGUUUGACUUUGACCUCAACAAGCAUUGUGCCAUCGACGGUAGUACUGCCUCUUGUUUGGAUAGCGAAAACCUACAUUUUGAGGCGACGUUUAGGUUGAAUAACGAAGAAGGAUGUUAUGUACAAAAACCAAGUGUGUUUGCCUUGAAUGGUCAGCCCAACGAGGAAGACGAAGAUCCUUUGGAAUCCGAGUCUUCAACUGUUUACGAUGAGGAGGAAAAUAGCCAAGUCGUGGGAUGGCCACCAGUAAAAUCAUGUAUGAUAAAAUAUCGUAGUUAUCAUCAUCGUCAUAGUCGUAAUCACCAUCAUUGCCCAUAUCAUCAUCAUGGUAGGAGGAUCACUGCAGUGAUGAACAAUCGAAUGGCUACAGUUGAAAGCGUUGGAUCAUCAUCGACAACAUCAUCGAGAUCAUCAAUGUAUGUAAAAGUUAAGAUGGAUGGUGUGGCAAUAGCAAGAAAGGUGGAUAUCAAGCUUUUCAACUCUUACGAGUCCCUCACUGACUCCUUGAUCACCAUGUUUACCCAAUAUGAAGAUUGUGAGAGAGAAGAUACAAACUAUGCAUUCACCUUCCAAGGGAAAGAGGGUGACUGGCUAAUACCAGGGGAUGUUCCAUGGAGGAUCUUUGCGGAAUCUGUUCAUCGAAUAUCAAUAAUUAGGGAUCGUCCGUGUGCAUAUACAAGACUCUUGUUUUAAAAGAUAUAGAGAAAAGUUCAAACCGGACUAUCAUUAUUUUACUUUGUAAUUAAAAUGUCUAUCAGAUUUCUAUUUUUCUC